AUUGAAGUGACCCGGAACGGAACGUAAAGUACUCAAUUUUUCUUUCGUAUAUCGUAUGUACUCCCUGUUUCAUUGCGUUUUUCUUGUUUGUAAAUAAUAACCGCUGGAAAUAGUACGUAAUGUGAAAUUACACGCAUUCCUCAGUCGAGUGCUCGUUACGUAAAAGGUAACCAUUGCCGUGCAAUUAGUUAAUUCGCCGUAGAACUCCUAACCUAUAGGUUGAUGUUUUGUUAAGGAGUAAAUGAACUAUGUGAUGUAAAAAUGCCGCCUUUUAGAAGAAAGAAGGCGUCUAAAUCCUUUCCAGUGAAGGUGUGUACAUUGGAUGCUGAAUUGGAAUUCAACCUUGAGUGGCGAGCAACAGGAAGGGACUUGUUUGACCUAGUCUGCAGAACGAUAGGGCUACGGGAAACAUGGUUUUUCGGGCUUCAAUUCGAGGAUACCAAACAUUUCAUAAGCUGGCUCAAAUUAGACAAAAGAGUACAAGACCAAUGUGUCUCCCAAAUGCCGGGCACACCAUUCAUGCUACUCUGCAAGCUGUACCCCGAGGAUGUCGCCGAGGAGCUCAUCCAGGAAGUCACACAGCAUCUACUGUUCCUCCAGGUCAAGCAGGCGAUCCUGAGCAUGGAUAUAUACUGCCCGCCAGAGGCUUCAGUGCUACUUGCUAGCUACGCUGUGCAGGCCAAGUAUGGAGACUACGACGAGACCGCUUAUAAGCCCGGCAUGCUGGCCAGUGAAGACCUGCUGCCGCAACGGGUCAUCGACCAGUACCAGAUGACCCCUGAGAUGUGGGAGGACAGGAUUAAAAUAUGGUACGCGGACCACAAGGGUAUGUCGCGGGACGAGGCUGAAAUGGAGUACCUGAAAAUAGCACAAGACUUGGACAUGUACGGUGUCAACUAUUUCUCUAUCAAUAACAAGAAAGACACAGACCUCUACCUCGGCGUGACAGCGCUAGGUCUCAAUAUAUACGAGAAGGACAACAAGCUAAUGCCAAAAACUACUUUCCCGUGGUCGGAGAUAAAACAUAUAUCGUUCGACGACAAGAAAUUUAUCAUCAAGUUUGUAGACAAGGCGGCUAAUAAUUUUAUAUUCUUCUCGCCCAAGGGAAUGAAUAAAUUGAUCCUUGACUUAUGUAUCGGAAAUCAUGAUCUAUACAUGCGUCGCCGGAAACCUGAUACGAUGGAGGUUCAGCAGAUGAAAGCUCAAGCCAAAGAGGAGAAACAGCGCCGACAAAUCGAGCGAAAUAAGCUAGCGCGCGAAAAGCAACUACGAGAGGCGGCCGAAAGGGAACGAGCCGCGAUGGAACAGAGGCUAUUGCAGUAUCAGGAAGAGAUCCGGUUAGCCAACGAAGCACUGCACCGUUCAGAAGAAACAGCAGAGCUAUUAGCAGAAAAAGGACGAGUGGCCGAAGAAGAAGCAUCUCUAUUAGCACAGAAGGCAGCAGACGCCGAACGGGAUAACGCUCGUCUGAGGCUAUCAGCUAUACGGACCGAGGAGGAAAAGGUCCACCUAGAACGUAAGACCCGCGAAGCGGAAUUCCUCACGGCUCGCCUGGUCGAAGAGUCGGAAAAACGCGCCGCCGAAGCAGACAGGUUGAAAGCAGAAUUAGUCUCAGCCAGAGUCGCUGAGAAACAGGCUAAGGAUAAACUGUUGAAUUUCUUAAGCAGAGCUGGUGCUGGAUCACUACCGCCACCUACUAUUACUUCAUCAAGCACAGUGCCAUCGAGCCUGUUCCCCUCCACAUCCUCCCUCCCCGCCGAGCUGGGGGCGCCGCCGGUGAACGGGGCCGCGGAGCCCGAGCUCACCUCGUGCCUGCUCGUGCCCGACGACUCCGACGACCCGCACAUACACCGCCUCUCCAGGGAGAUCGAGAAGGAGCGAGUGGAGUAUCUAGCGAAGUCCAAGCACCUCCAACAGCAGUUGGAGUCGCUACGUUGCGAGUUCACUGUACUGCGGGUGGAGCGCGACGCGGCGACACUUGACAGGAUACACGAAGCGCAAGCAAAAGCGGGCGACACCAAAUACUCCACGCUCCGAAGGUUAAGGCAGGGCUCCACCAACACUCGGCUAGCGUUCUAUGAGGAGCUAUAAAUAGCCACACUUUCGGACGGAGUUCAGAGAACUGCGCUUAAUACGGAGCAUGAUCUGUAGGGGGCAGCACAGGAGCCCCCUUCUUAUUGGCGCGAAGUGUAAAUGUCAAGCUUCCAAUGUAGCCCUCAGAACCUACAAUGAACAAGAAAACGUAAGUGAAAUGUAGAGGGCAGCACUUGCUAUGGAGUGAAGUGUCGAUGUACGGUUUAUGUGUCCGAUUGAGGCCACAAGAUGGCAUGACCCUCCAACACGCACGGUCCGCAACUGUCACUGAUCAGAAAUGGCGUUUUUACUUUUGCCACAGAAUAAAAAAACUACCGUACAGACUGGUAACUUCCUAAAACACCGAAGUUUGACAGCGGUUCAGGGUCGAAUCAUGCUGUCCCUUUCUAAUAUUAAAUUAAUAAUAUUAAAACUCAAGUCAUUAUCUCAUCUGUGGUCUUCCUUCCUAUCUUGCUCGGAGCAAUGCUGAGCCGAACGGAGCCGAGAAAACCCGAACGGAGGAGUUUCGUCGAGAAGUGGUGUUGUCUAUAGUGAGCGUGCAUGGACUAUAGGGGGCAGCACAGAAGCCGUCAGAUUUUUGUCGCGAGGCGUAAAUGUGAAGUUUAUGCUUCCAAUGUAGCCCACAAGAUGGCAGAAUCUACUAUGCGCAAGGAAACGAGAACGGUAGAUGGUAGCACUUGCUUUGGCAAUGUACAUGUUUAUGUUUCCGAUUCAGGCCACAACAUGGCAGACCCGUCAACACCCACGGUCCCUAUUUCGUCGGGUGACAAGCAAAAGUCACUAAGUACCACCACAAUAAAGCCAUAGUAAACCGUAUUAUUAUCCGAAUAAGGUUGAUUUUUGUUUAAUUAUUUUACAGUAAUUAGUGAGUUUUGCUUGUCGCUUGACGAUUUGUCGACCGCUGUUGACGCCACUUCUGUUAAGCCGAUAGAUGGCGUUGGCAAAUUGUCACUUUAUUAGUCACAAAGAUAGAUAUAACUCCGUAAUAGAUGGAUACAGUUUAAGGAAAAAACGUGCCUCGAAAAUCACGAAAAUUUGAUUCUCGAUCAGAUGGCGCCACUAGUUUUGGCCUACACUCGUAUAGUGGGCGUUGACUGUUUCUUUUGUUAUUUAUAAUUUUAACGCAUACCAGUGGAAGAACAUGGGUCAAAAUCAUAUAAAAAUAAUUAAUGCAAAUAAAAAAAUCAUUUAUCCAUAUUUAAAUACAUUUUAUCGUAUUUUUAUAAAUCUUCAUUUUUAGUUUAAAGUGUGUCGACAGAUGGCAGUGAAUUUACUGGGGUUACAAAAUUUACUAUGCCAGUACCGCUCUAGUAUAAGUUACUCUAUGAUUAGUCAUGUCUGUUACGCCCAGCGAUGACGUUGUAAAAAUCGACUAGUGUUGGUACGUUGCGUCCAAAGAUGGCGUUAGUGUCAGAAAACGUGGUAAAGUUUGUAGGCCAAAUUACCAUUAUCCGUAACGUUAUUUAGGGAAUUUAUUAGAAAGGGGUAAAUUAACGUAGUUGGGUUAUACACAGAUUUUAAAACAAAAUUUGACAAUUUGUCACUCCUGUGGACAACAGUUAACCGCUUGUGUAAGUAAUGAUUUCCUAACACUGGUGAAUAGAAAAGGAGUUGAGUACUCCUUUAUGUUGAUAAGGAUUUAGCUCUUAAAGGGUCUCCGGCAAGCUCGGUUUUCCAUACAAACGUAGUUCCGGUCUCAUUUUAAAACGACAAGCUAGAUUGCUCUGAAACUUUGUACUUACAAUAGGAUAAUGUAUAUGUCUGUAAUUAGUUAAUGUAGCUUCAGAUACCAUAGUUAAAAAAUACAGCGUAUUUAAGUUUUGCAUAAAAAACUUGUUUUUGCUCUAUUUCGUUUGUGUUAUAAACUGGAGCCAUAUAAACUAAUUUCAGACAGAGAUAUACCUCAUUUCAUUGUAUGUGCAAAGUUUCAUUACAAUCCAAUACGUAGUUUUAAAAUGAGAGCGGAACUACGUUUGUAUGGGAAGGUGCUAUUCAUCCGAGCUUGCCGGGGACUUAAAUUUAGGUAUGUCCACAGGAUAGAUUCUAAUUUAUUUGUAUGACCCAGUUACACGAUAUUGAAUUAGUGAUUUAGAGAUGUCUUUUAUAAAAUUAACAAAUGUGCCUUAGAUAAUGAAACGUUGUGUGCGUAGUUGUACAAUAUUAACCAAAAUCACGCACACAUACGUAUAUAUGACAAUAAAUUUACAUAUGUAUAAUGAAAUUUUUAUUGUUGAUCUCCUAUAUGAGGCAUUUUCUAUGAAAAGGGACCUUAUUAUC